AUGGAUGUCAUGAUAACCAUUUAUGGGUGCCUGUUCUUGAUUGGGGUAAUUGGCAAUGGGACACUUGCGGUGUCACUUUGGUGGGGGCGAGGGUCAAAGAGUCCCUUACUGCUGGGCUUGAUAGUAGCCGAUUUUUUCGUGUGUUGUUUGAGUGGCCCCAUAACCGCUGCUCUGUACGCUCUACCCCCAAAUUCACCCGUUUGGCUAGUUAUUGCCCAGUUCAUGCAGUCAUUACCGGUAUCAGCAAGUACAUUAUCAAUGAUGGCCAUAUCAGUCGACAGAUACUUCACGGUGAAAAAUUACCGCCCUAUAGGUCAAGUCGCAAGUCGUCGGCAAGUGAUGAGCAUCGCCGUGGCGGCCACCUGGUUGUCCGCGGCCGUUCUAGCCUCGCUCCAGAUUAUUUCCAGGUUCAAACACCCAUGGAAAAAAGGCCUGAUGAUAGGACGGAUCACGAUGGUGCAUAUCAUACCGGCUUGCACAGUUAUGUUGAGCCAUUUAGGCGUCCAUGCAAAACUGACGGCCCUAUCGUUAACUGCUAGGGCCAAACAUGGGGAACUACCACUGCCGAUACCGCUUAUCAGAAGGCCUACGCAUGUCAUUAUAGUUGCUGGGAUGCCGAAGGGCAGAGAACAAAUGAGAAUACCAAAUGCUCAAGAUACCAUCGAAGAAACUUCUCCUCCCACUUCAACCUUAAGAAGCAGAAGACGUUUAGCCAACUGCCUGCUGUGUUUGUCCAUGUUCUUUAUAAUCUGUUGGUUCCCGUAUGUUGUCUGUCAGUUCUAUGAAGAACUCAUGUCAUCUCCACCAGAAUAUGUCCAACAAAUAACUCUCUUUCUUGGUCAUAUGCAUUCUGCGCUAGGACCUAUUCUCUAUUGGAGCAUGAAUCACAAAUGGCCAAAAGGACCUUGCAGUAGACUUCGUAAUUUGACGAUAUACAGGAGUGCUUCUUCUACUAAUGAAGCAGCACUUGGACCUUUCAAUCCCCGUCUAGUUCGACCUCCUCCUUACAGGAGGCGUUCUUCUCAAUAUCUGUAUUAAACUCUGUGAUCACCUAAGCCUC